GGUAACGGAUGGUACGUAGUAUGGGCACUUGCGCACUCGCGUGAUGUGUAAUGACGUUAACUGGCUGCCGGCUCGAUUCCCUGGAUAGAGUACGCCCCUAGUAACGUCGACGCGCUCUAGAUGACCUCAUGCCUGUCGUAUAUCAUUGGGCUGCAGCGCAAACAACCUGAUAGAACGAAUAAGAUAAAUCGGCUCGAGAAAUAUGUCGGCGGAGGUUUUCCGUGUGAUCAACGGUCUAUACCUGGGAAAACACUUCCCCGACGACACAGUUCUGUCGACGUUGGCGUACAAGCCACAAGCUGGUGAUCUAAUGAUCGUCAGUUACCCCAAAUGCGGUACCACUUGGACGCAACACAUAGUCUACAACAUCCUAAUGGACGCUGAAGAACCUGAGGACCCGUUAGACCAGGUACUGCGAAUGCCUUUCCUGGAGAUGCAGGGAGCCGAAGCCGCUGUUUACGCUCCACAACCUCGUGUCUUCAAGACUCACUUACCUUUCCACAUGUGCCCUUAUUCCCCAGACGCAAAGUACAUCUACAUCACUCGGAACCCCUACGACUGCUGCGUGUCGUUCUACUACCACACCCGGAACAACCCACCGUAUCAGUUUAGCGAAGGCACUUUCGAAGAGUUCUUUGAACUAUUCUUGCAUGGACGGGUCGAUUUCGGAGACUACUUUGACAACGUGCUCUCCUGGUACAAGCAUCGGAGGGACCCUAAUGUUCUAUUUCUAACAUAUGAGGAGCUUAAAAAUGACACCGCCCAGCUCGUCCUCCGAAUGGCCGCUUUCAUCGGCGAAAAAAGAGAGACGAGGCUUAAAGAAAAUCCCGAGCUUCUUGGGAAAAUUCUGGAGAAGUCUAGCAUGGAAUACAUGAAGCACAAGAUUUGCGAUAGUCGGCAGGCCCCUAGGCGAGAAUUUUGCAAUUCACCGCAGAUGAAGACUCUUAGACCGGAGCUACUGAAAGGACUUAAUAACCUGAUGGAGUUUACGAAGAAACCCAGGACCGGCAGUUUUGUCCGCAGGGGGCAAGUAGGAGACUGGAGGAAUCACUUCUCGCCAGAACAGAUUGAACGGAUGAAACAGAGAAUCGCGGAAGCAACUGUAAAGUCUGACUUCAUGAAUUUGUGGAGGGACGUAGAUAUUCCAUGAGUCUGGCAGUGACAUCUAGAUUAUAGGAUACAAAAACUCGGUAAUGAAAAAUAACCCUGUGAUGAACUAUGUAGAGCAUAGGUUCAUGAGGCAGUUGUAUAAAUCAGCAGGCAAUUUAGGUACGUCUCGCAAUAAAAUAUUGGUGAAACCAUG